AUGCAUAUGCCUCACGACAACUACUUCCUGUGCCUCCUCGGCAUUCUCUUCGGCCUCUGGAUCGCUGUCUGGAUCGCAAUAGCGUGCCUGGACUUCCGCAUCAAUCGAGAAAUCACGAUGUAUACUAUGAACUACCUCUUCACCGGUCCACCUUACAUGUAUUGUGCGCAGCUACUAAGCAUUGCAAUCACCUGUCUCGGUCUACCUCCCGUCUUCACCUUUGGCUUCGACUUAGGGCCACCCGAACUAUGGGUGGACAACUUGGUUCUCCGAGAUAGCAAGAACGGCAUCUACGACCAGGAGGUUUCAUAG